CUCUCUCUCUCUCUCUCUCCCUCUCUCUCUCUCUGUGCAUAAACGAUCAAGUACCGCGAGCGAGUCAGACGUGCGCGGACAUAGGCUACACAGAAGCGUACGCACGUGACACUUAACUCCAUUUGGGAGCAGAAUGUCUGUGAAUGCGCCCAGCAGCAGUGAUGCAUGUUUAAGCAUCGUUCACAGCCUGAUGUGCCACCGCCAGGGAGGAGAAAAUGAGAGCUUCGCCAAACGUGCCAUCGAAAGCCUGGUAAAGAAACUCAAAGAGAAAAGAGACGAGCUUGACUCCCUCAUCACUGCUAUCACCACAAAUGGAGUUCAUCCAAGCAAGUGUGUCACCAUACAAAGAACGCUGGACGGACGUUUACAGGUGGCUGGGCGGAAAGGUUUCCCUCAUGUCAUAUACGCUCGUUUGUGGCGAUGGCCGGACCUUCACAAGAAUGAACUCAAGCAUGUCAAGUUCUGUCAGUAUGCAUUCGAUCUGAAGUACGAUAACGUGUGUGUGAACCCCUACCACUAUGAGCGCGUGGUGUCCCCUGGGAUUGUUGGAUUCAGUUUGCCAAACACAGGCAGGCUGAUAAAAGAAGAGCACAUACAUGACUGCAUCCAGAUGGAGGGUCCGUCAAGUAUGACCUUACAGCAAGACCAUCAUCCUCCAGAUCACUACAGUCCACAGCCGCUUAGAAUGAUGUCCCCAGAGCUGCCUCAGCGGACCACUUCCUCGGUCACUCUCUACCCCAGCCUGCCCCUCUCUCCACCCUCAAGUGCAUCCAGGUUGUCAAUGCAGGCGGAACAUCCUGAGGGACUGUUACAGAUCGCAUCCCCAGCGGGACGGGCCUUGACCUCCAGCUCUCCACCUUCUACCCCAACACACACACAUGCACCCACACACAGCCAGCCUUCUUCCCAGCAGCCUUCCGUCAGCCAGAGUGAAUACAGCACCUCAAAGCACACGCAGACACAGGAAACUUACCACACAACAACCUGGACAGGGACCAGCACAGCCUCCUAUACUCCUGCUGGACCACAGCAGAAUGGGCGGAGUCAUCAGCAAGCCCCUCCCCCUCACACUAGCCACUUCUGGUCUCAGCAUCACACACCAGCCUCAUACCCUCAACCAGUUUCUAACCAUCCAGGCCCAGAGUUCUGGUGCUCAAUCUCUUACUUCGAGAUGGAUGUGCAGGUCGGGGAGAUGUUUAAAGUUCUAGCCAACUGUCCUGUGGUGACAGUGGAUGGAUAUGUGGAUCCCUCAGGCGGGGACCGCUUUUGUUUGGGUCAGCUUAGCAAUGUUCAUCGAACUGAUGCCAGCGAGAGGGCACGGCUUCACAUUGGUAAAGGUGUUCAGCUGGAGUGCCGUGGAGAGGGGGAUGUGUGGAUGCGUUGCCUUAGUGACCAUGCCGUAUUCGUGCAAAGUUACUACCUGGACAGAGAGGCAGGGAGAGCACCAGGGGAUGCCGUUCACAAGAUCUACCCAGGAGCCCUCAUUAAGGUGUUUGAUCUUCGUCAGUGUCACAGGCAGAUGCAGCAGCAAGCGGCGACUGCGCAGGCAGCUGCGGCUGCACAGGCUGCAGCAGUGGCUGGGAACAUCCCGGGGCCUGGCAGUGUUGGAGGAAUCGCUCCAGCCAUCAGUCUGUCGGCGGCAGCUGGAAUAGGUGUUGAUGACCUGAGACGUUUGUGUAUCCUGCGGCUGAGUUUUGUAAAAGGCUGGGGACCUGACUACCCUCGACAGACCAUCAAACAGACACCAUGCUGGGUGGAAGUUCAUCUACACCGUGCCCUGCAGCUGUUGGACGAGGUCCUGCACACCAUGCCCCUCGCUGACCCCGGACCUGCCAACUGACCCACAGACUGCAAAAUAGACAAGCCCUGUCACAAAAACAGGGAGGACGACAGACACAGAGAAAGAGAUACACACACCUACACAGGCAAACAAUGACUCAUAGUACCACAUACACACAUAAGCCUUCACACACACUGUCUUUCCACAGCCUUGGCCAGCAAAGUGCCUCUGAACUGACCAGUGUUUAGUCCACUCUUUGGUGCUGUUGACCUGGUUGUCUUGGUGACACAGACCAAAGGCCCUGCUGAUGGGUUCACACUAAUGGAGGUCCAGAAGAGGUGAAAGUGAGUUGGUUAAGAGGGAGAGAAAGAUUCAUAUGAUAACACGAUUAAUAUGCUUAAUCCUCAGAGACCCAGGAAUGGAUAUUAAUGAUAUUUUUAACCCUUUAACAUGUCUGUAGAAAGCCAGUAGUUACAAAAUUUACAUAAAGGUAUAAUUUAAAACAAAAUGUUGCAAAAAAGGAACACUGGGUAUUUAGGGUUGUUAAAUUUCACUAUUUUUCAAAACACUAAAUGAAAGUUUGGAAUUGACAACACAAUUCAGCACACAAAUGUUUUUGAAAAACAAUAUAUAUCAAUCAGUCAACCAGUAAGGUUAAGAAGUAAUAAAUACUCAUAUAAAAGUGUUUGCAAAGUGCAGUUCUGUGUGUGUGUGUGUGUGUGUGUGUGUGUGUGUGUGUGUGUGUGUGUGUGUGUGUGUGUGUGUGUGUGUGUGUGUGUGUGUGUGUGUGUGUGUGUGUGUGUGUGUAAUUGGGUAUUAUGUAAUUGCUUUAUACAAACAUUGCAGUUCUGCUGGGUCUCUGAGGGUUAAAGCUCUGACUCAAUCUGAUGUAUCAUAGUUCUUAAAGUGUCAGCUGAUCUGAAUGCUGAGUGCAGGCAGGAUGUCCAGGAAUAAAUGCAUUUAUAAACGGCAGGACAGAAAAUGUGCUGUAUUCUACAAGGCAGUAUAUUUUAUCUGAAAAAUCUUGAAGUGAGACCAAAGUAUGAAAUGAGAUCUAAGGAUCUGCCGGUUUAAUGACAUUUGACUUAUGAAUGCCAUAAUAGUUUAUAAUUCAGUGAUACAGAGAUAAAAGUUUUGUUAACAGUGGGAUUUUUGUCUGCUAAGCUAUACAUGAGGGAGAUAUUUAACAGUGCUGAACUAUGUGCUAAAAGAGUCUGACACUUCAUACAUGCAGAAAAGCAUAAGCCAUGACACUGAUACAGAAUUACGGACACCUAGUGUUUUUUUCAAGUAUUGCAUUCACUCAUAUACAGCUUUGCAUCUGACGUUUAAGCUUUAUUACAAACUGUAUUUUAUUCAAGGAUUCUGUGAGAGGAUGUGCUAUAUUCUGAAUAUAAUCAUGACAAAAGGGAGUUACAGUAGGCAGGACGCUUCCAAGUGAUGUGUUUCCUAAAAUCUUUUUGCCAAAUUUCUUUUGUUAUUGUAGGAUGUGUGUUCCAGGACCCUUAUCCAACGCUGCUUCAGCCGUGACUGUAUACAGAAUACAGCAUGCAUUCUAGUGCCUUCCUGCUUCCAUAAAACAAUCACUACAAAAUAAAAAUACUAAUAUCCUAAAUUCAUUAUGCAUAACAUACUAACAACAAUCACAUAUAGCAACUUUCUUGGUACUUACAUCACCCUUAUGGCCUCAUGGGAUAGCAAAGGGUCCUUAGGUUGGGAAUUAACAAACUUUUUUGUCAGCCGAACCCCUUUGACUUUAAAUAAUUACUUGAAGUACCCUCUGAGAUUUUAAGUUAAUAUUUCAAUCAUUUAAGAACACGUGUGCAUGUUCACAGUUUUCUGUUAACAGUUGAUGGUCAUAUCACAUGCAAGUAAAGAAAUAAAAUAACCCUUUUAAGUUA